AUGGCCGCAAUAGUCAAGAACGUCGUUCGUUGGGGGGCGCAUAGUCAGCGCACGAACACUCCUCUGGUCCAGGCAGUCGACCUUUGUGAGAUCUGCGGCAAAAAGCCGAAAUUUGUCGAGAAUGGCCACAAGCAUCCGUACUGCAGUAGGAGCUGCGCACGGAAUGGAUCGGGCCCCAGCCCAAGUGCCUGUGUGCUGCAAGGAUGUCGUGCCACAGGCAAGCCAGCAUAUGCGAACUUCUGCUCAGAGGCCCACGCCAGAGAGGGAGUACGCCAAGGGCAGGUGGAUGGGUGUGAAUUGUGCGAGGUGCAGCCUCGUAUUGUGGGCACGAUGUGCAUCCCGUGCGACCGUGUCAUGCGUGCUGGUCCACGACUGCGAGAGUUGAGUCGUGAUGCAAAUCUGUUUAAGAAUCUUAGAGCACAGUUCCUCAGCGAGUGGGACUCACCCAGAGAAUCGCCUUCUUUCGAGAAGGUUUACGAAAUCGUCCUUCCUCGAGAAGCCCGCGCUAGACACGAACAGUACAGAACCGCGCAUCCGAACUUUGAAGAGGUCCGGAGUUUCCAUAGCUCCCAAUGCAUAUGCGAUCUGGGCACCAAAGACGCCAGCCUCUGCAACUUCAAGUCGUGUGGUAUUUGCUCCAUCGUCAAAUCUUGCUUCAAGUCCUUUGCAUUCGGUGCAAACUAUAACAAUGGAAGAUUUGGCGACGGCAUAUACUCGUAUCGGAAUCCUGCUCUGGCUGAUCGCUUUGCAACAUCGUGCACAACCUCGCCUUAUCGUGUGAUGAUAGCAUGCGACGCAGCGGUAGAGCCUGGCCAGGAGUCCGUAGAAGAGGAAUCGCUCUUUGUGUCCACCGUAGAUGCGAUCCUACCGGUAUACAUCUUCAUGUACAUCAAAUGA